AUGUCUGCCACACUGCCCAGCGUCGUCCUCGUCCCCGGGGCUUGGACUGCACCGAAAGCAUACCACAAGCUAAUUGCUGCCUUGGAGGAGAACGCGUUCCAAGUGCACGUUCCAGCGCUGCCCACGAAUAACGGCCAACAACCACCAAACUCGACCUUCGAUGCUGACAUACAGGCUGUCCGCGAUGCCGUACAGCCUCUGGUCGACGCCGGCCAAGACGUCGUCCUGCUGAUGCAUUCAUACGGCGGCAUUGCCGGCACCAGCGCCAUCAGAAACUUGACCCGCAAGGACCGACAGGCGAGGAACCUCCCCGGGGGUGUUGUCAGUCUCAUCUACGCGGCCGGAUUCAUGCUCAGCGAAGGCCAGACGAUUCGCACCGUGGUGCACGCCGUCAACCUGCCCGGACGAAACUCGCUCGUGCAAUUCAGCAGCGACAACAGCACCUGGUUUCCCAUCGACCCAAUCUGGCUCCUCUAUUUCGACUUGCCCCCCGCGGAUCAAGAGGAGCAGGUUCAGCUGUUGAAAUGGGGCAAUGCGGCCAUUCUGACGGGGCAGACCACCUACGCUGCCUGGAAAGACGUGCCGACGCUUUACAUUCAAUCGUUGAAGGAUCGUUGGCUGCCGCCCGAGUUCCAGGACUUCUGCCUUCAUAACGCAGCCGAUGCUGGAGUGCCGGUCCGCAUCGCGGCCCUCGAUUCAGGUCAUUCACCGUAUGUCAAUUUCGCGGCUGAGUUGGCCCAGAUGACUUUGGAAGUUGCCCUGGCCCAUGUAUCAUAG